AUGUUGCUUCGUGUGCUUCUUUCCAUGCUGACUGUCGCCUGUUUUCGGGCGGCUCGGUCGCAAGAUCAGGCUCAGCUUGGCAGCGGUGUUGGCCAGCAACAGGGCGUCCAGGGCAACCAAGAAGCGGAGAUCUAUGAACAUUUGAUCCAGGAGUCUGGCAACCACGAGGAGGUGGGCAAGAAAGCCUGCUGCAGGUGCAAAAGCAACGGCCAGAUCAAGUACGUGGAUCCUUCGGGAAAGUGCACCCCUCUUUGCCCCGUGUUUCAGUAUGGCGAUUGUCAGUAUUUGGCUUCGAAGGGCGACUUCGAAGCCAUGCAGGGCCUGCUCCAGCUCGGGGUGCCAGCCGGCGGCCGGGAUAGCCUGGAUGAAGUGGAGCAGCCACCUAUCUUGUAUGCUGCCCGGGAUGGACACAGAGAAGCCAUCAAGCUACUCGCGCGGUACGAGGCAGACGUCAACGAAGUCGGCGGCAUCCCCUUCGAAACAGCCCUGCAUGUUGCAGUGCAGAGUCACAAGCUCAAAGUGGUCCAAAUGCUGUUGUCACUUCGUGCAGACCCUCAGAUCAAAGAUGCCGGAGGGCAAGGGCCCCUCCAUCGCGCUGCGCGCGAGGGCGCAAUACACUCGCUGCAGACGCUGAUCACGGCCGGUGCAGCCGUGGACAUGAGGGACACCUGCGAGCAAGCGCCCAUCCACAUUGCGACCUACUUCGGCAGAGAAGAGGUCGUGAGGGCACUGUUGGCAGCCAGGGCUGAUGCGGUCGCUGAGAACAUUCGUGGCCAAACACCGCGAAAGGUGGCUGAGCGUCUUGGCUACACGACCAUUGUCCAGAUUAUCGACAAGGAGAUCGAGAGACGGGAGAUCGAAGAGCUCUAUGCAGCCGAAGAGAGGGACCGCGCUGAGCAGCAACUCAAGGCGCUCAUGGAGGCGGAAGCCACUGAGAACCGGCAGCGCCAUUUGGACCUCUGGCGACUGCAGCGCGAGGACGUCGGGACAGCAGUCGCAGCCAAUGCAGAGGUUGAGAGCCAACCCGCCGUCGUGGCAGUCUUUGUGGUGGCAGUGGGAGGAGGCCAUUUAUACUCGGAUUUGUUCAUAGGCGUGGACAGGAGGAUCGUACAGACUGAUGUCAGAUGCGCUGGUAGCACAGUGAUGCAGCUUGUUCCUGCGGCUUGGAAUUGGUUCGUGGCGCUCUUUGUUUGGGGGCUGCGGCGUGCUGGCCGUUCUGUGGCUGGGAAGAAGUACAGGACGGUUCGAACGGAUGUGACGACCUUCAACACACGUUAUAGUCUUCUGAGCUAUGCCAUGAUGGCCAGUGAUGAGAAGAAGUCGGCAUCUUUCCGGAGGGCACUGCAGCGUUGUGCGAAGCGCCUGGAAUUUAGAGGUGACCCGAUGGUGGUUCUGGAGAUCGGCUGCGGUGCUUAUGCGCCCUUUGCACGCAUCUGCACUGAGGAGGGCGCGGAUAAGGUGCUCGCAAUCGAGGGCAACAGCUGGGCGGCUGCAAGGGCCCAGCGCCUUUUAGGAGAAGGUGCCAAGGUCUUCGCGGGACUCUCGCAGGACAUGGUGCCCGAAAGGCUUGGUGCACUGGCCAAUGUAGUUGUUAUGGAAACCAUCGGCGAUUGGGCAGCCAACGAGUACAUGGUGAGCACUUUUCUGGAUGCCCGGGGACGGCUGUGCGAGCCAACUUCGCAGUGGAUUCCCGGCCAGGUGAAGACGCGCUUCAUGCCGGUGACAAUUCCACCCUGGGGACAGGAAGGCGCAGUGCCGCCGGGCCUGUGGCUCUUGGGCAGCGAUGCGCGCUACGAAAGGCUGGCCCUUUCAGAGGCGGAGACCUUGGAGGCUUAUGACUUCAACGAGUGGCAGGAUGAGAUGCUGAAGCAACAGCGGCGCUGUGACUUCGAGAUCCAGACUUCUGCGGAUCUCCAAGGUUUCCUCCUUUGGGUGGAGGUCUUUCCGGACGGUGCUGAAGAUGCCCCACUGUCAGCCCUGUGUGACGUCGACAUCUCCUGGUCCCCUUUGCUCCUGGCCCUGCCGGAGACCCGACGCCUGGAGCGCGGAGACCGGCUCAGCUGCAGGGUCGAGGCUCUCCCUGCAGAAAUGGAUGGACCGGAGCUCCGGAUAGAGCUGCCGCAGGAGGAUGGAAGGACCCUAAAAUUCGAGUGGACUCUGGCGAGGGGAGCACGAUGGAUAUUGCCCGAAGGGCGGGAGAUAUCUUUCGAGGACCAGCCAGAGGAUGUUCUCAGCUGGGUGCAGGUGGAGGCGGAGACAGGUAACUGUGGUUCUGCUGUUACGGCUUGCUGCUGUUGCCGUCUGCUUCUGGCCUACGUCCAAAGCAUCAAAACGAAGUGGGAGAUCAUCAGGCGGAAAGUCCUCAAGACCUUCUACCCGGCAGAGCACCCGAAUCCUGAAGAAGUGAGCGGGAGCGGAUACUUCGGAUUCGAAUUACGAGACGGUCCAUGA